AUGCCUGAAGAUUUUGCUGGACUUGGACCUGAAGUGGAUGGAUUGAUUAAAUUAAAGACUCCUGCUGAAGAAGCUAUUGCUAAGGGAAAAAAGGAAAAGGCCAAAGAGCAUAAGAAAGCUGUAAAACUCGCUAAGAAUAUUCUAAAUAAUCAGAAUUCUUAG